CUCAGGGGGGUUGGACCGCUUUUUGCUUUGACCAGGCUGAAGAACCACAGAUAUGACUUGUCGACUUGGUUUGAGGAUCUUGCUGCUUUGCUUACUUCAAGCGGAGCUCGGGUGUUCUAUAAUUACUGAACAUGGACCGAGACUCCUAAACACCAGAAGAAGAGUUGCCUUGCCAGAUGGGAGACUAAGCAAAUUCAGCAGCAAUCUCCAGGGCCAGCUGAGAAAAAGCUUCCCUCAACAUCAAAUGCAGACCAGCAGCUUCCGGGCUGACCCUGCUCAUGGUCAGAAACUCUCCACCAGUGGUAAAAAGCAGAGGGGCCCCACCAACGCGGGCAGGAAAGACCCAGCUAAGCAGGGGGCAGUGAGGGCUCAAAGGGAUAGCUACUCCUUCAGGCGACCUUAUCAGUCCGCAGCACUGGAACCUACAUUCUACGGUCAAAAGAGCUCAGCCUCCUUGUUCGGUCCAGUUGCUCCCGGCCCGCGGAGUUCUGUUCGGAUGCAGACGUAUGCUCAGGCCCCGGCGAGGAGGGUUUCACCAGGUCGUACUAAAGGGGCCAAGGCCAGGAGUCUCUCCUCUCAGACUGCAGUUGGGAAGUCUUAUCUGAGCCCAGAGCUCGCUUUAAAUGUUGGAGGCUACAGACCGAGGAGCAGCAGAGUGGGAGAGUCUGCUCCGGGCUUUGCUCCGACUCCUCGAGUCACCGUGGGCCUUAAAUCCCCCACAGACCACCUGUGA